UAGAUCAGUGCAACUCGAAAGUCGGAGAAAAAUGGAGCAGAUAAAAGGGUGUCGGCCAACAUACAAGCAAAUACCGAGAGCAGCCUCUAAUGGCAAAAUCCACUCUCACUCUCUCUUAACGACUUGGUCUUACACUAGACUUGAAUAAAACCAAGAGUUUCUGGAAUCCUCUUUCAUUCUCCAACGCUGCCUUCUACUCCCUCCUCCUCUUCUUCACUUCUGGAGACUCUUUUCCUGGCCACCUAGGGUUGCUUCUCAUGGUUCCCUGAGGUUUCCGCCUCUUAACGGAAAUAUUUUCCGGAAAAUUUUUACGGCAAACUUUUUCUUCUUGGAACAAUGAAGACCGGGAAAAUAGCAAUAAGAGAAGGAAAAAGAAUGAUUAUUGAUUUUCAAAAGUAGAGUUUACUGACAUAAAUGCAACAUUGAUUCUCGGAUUGGUUGCUUUGAGAAAACAGAGGAAAAAAAACGAAGGAAACAAGUUGUGAACGCUUAAUGUACUUUGCUAACUUCUGUCCAAGUGGUCGAGGCUUAAAAAUUGGACAUAUAAUUGUUUUUGAGGCUCCGCAGAAAUAAUCUAGCUUCAAAACGCUGCUGUGGCAAACCGCCAUAACGGUGUAGUUAAUGGAAAGCUUUCGUGGAUUUGACAAUGCUGAUGUUGGCUCUACUAUGAGAAAGAAGAGGAGUAGUCGCAGACCCCACCCUGAUUCACAGGCAUUACUACAGAGACUUAAUUUCUUUCCAUCAUCCGCACAACCUUUCUGCAAUGGAAGACACAAUGAAAACAAGAAUUCUAGCAAUAUGAUAGUUGUUUCCGAUGGAUUAGGGACUGGGAACAAGCUAAAAAAACUUAAGCUUAAGGUUGGCGGUGUUACUCACACAAUUCACACCAAGUAUGGCAGCGACUUUAGAGGUGAUUCCCUGGCCACAAAUUUUUCUCAGUAUUUUGAUGGCCUCAAGCAUUAUGACAAGCAGCUACUUCAGGAUAAUAUUGAUGGCAAUCAUGUUGGCAAGGGCAAUGGCCUUAAAUUCAAAUGGAAGGGUUUUUCACAAAGUCGUCUUAAUUACAGAAAUGAAUUUUCUUCGAGGGGGAUGACCUCUGAGGGAAGUCCUUCUGCUAUUUAUGAGCCGGUUCGUAAGAGCAAGCGGGUUCCUAAAAGACGCGUCUUGGAUCUAGCAAUUGAGGAGAAUGAUGAUGAAGAUGAGGAACUCCGAUAUCUUGGGAGACUGAAUGCUUCUCAUAUUUCUGAAGAUUACAAAGAUGAGAAGUGUAGUCAAAUGGCCGAUGCCAUGUAUGGUGAUGAUGUGGAGUACUAUGGAUCACCAGGAUCAGGAAUGGAUGGUAGAAAGCAGUUAAGAUCAGAGAAAUCAUACGAGGAUAAUGAAUAUAAGGAAGAAGAAAAAAGAGCAACCUUGGAUGUUGAACUUGAAUGUCCAGGAAAGAAGUUGAAAAGGGGAUCUCCUGAUUUACUUUUCGAAGGAAGAAAUGUAUCCACUCCCAUUACACGAAAUCGGGCACUUCAAUCUGGAGAGGAUGUUUUAUCUGGAUCUGGUGUAUGUCAUACCGACCUCUCAAAUGGUGCUCCAUCUAGAAGAAAAAAGGAUAAACUUUCUGAGGUAGAACAGCAAUGUAGAAGAGCUGAGGCUGCACAGAGACGGAAAAUGCAAUCAGAGAAAGCUGCUAGGGAAGCUGAGGCUGAGGCAAUCAGAAAAAUACUUGGUCAAGAUUCUGGAAGAAAGAAGAGGGAAGAGAAGAUGAAGCAGCGGCAAUGCCAAUUAGCACAGGGAAAGGCUACGAACACCAUCACACUUGCAUCAAACACUGUCAGAUGGGUCAUUGGUCCUACUGGGACAAUUGUUACAUUUUCGGAAGAUAUCGGUCUACCAACUAUAUUUGCUCCUGUACCACGCAGUUAUCCUCCCCCUCGAGAAAAAUGUGCGGGUCCAAAUUGCACGAAUUCAUACAAGUAUCGGGAUUCCAAGUCCAAGCUUCCCCUCUGCAGCCUCCAUUGUUACAGGGCAAUACACCAAAAGAUGCAUCCUCUAAUUGCCUGCUGAUGCUAUGCCAUCCGUUCUUCCCACAUAAUUUCUGUACAUUGUUGUUUGUCUGGUGAAGGUUGGGAUUAGGCAGGUAGGGCUGAAUAUUGUCACAUGGACUAGCCUUACAUCCCGGUCAAAACCCUUUCUUGAGAACUAAAUUUUAGGGGAAGGUGAAUGAUAUCAAUACAAAUGAAAACUAGCAGUUAAGAUUUUGGAUGCAAUUAUUUCAAUGAAGUGUUCGUUUAUUUUCUU